AUUUUCCCGCGUACUUCGCCAGAGUACUAUACCGAGACGCACAAUCCGCACGCUCACACGACCGCGUCGAGUCGCAGCGUCUUCGACACGAUUCGCAUCACAUGUACCCUUUCAGACAGCAAGAUGGCUAUCCUCGAAAUCAAUAGCGGACGAGAAGAUCGAGGAGAUCACUGAAUUAUAUGCUACUGCUCAGGACGAGUUCGAGAUUGCAAUGUAUGCGAUGGGAUGGCAAAUGUGAUGCGCAGUGUCCUUUGCUGAUCAUGUACAUCUGCAGGGAGGAGACCGAGAAAGUGUCUGUUUACGCAGAGGAGGAUAGAAAGGCAGCAAGAGAAGAAUUGACGAAACUACAAGAGGCGUACAAGGCUUGCGUGGACGGAACAGACGAACAAUUGGCGGAAGAGGUAAAGAGGCGGGUCGGGCAGAGGAUACGUGAACUCGAGCAGGGCGUGAAUGCUAUGGAGGAACUGGCUAUGAAUCAAGACUAGUCAGGUGAUGUCACAAAGAAUAUUCAGCACUUGGAAGACUCCCUACGAAACCACAGGUCUGGCUGUGAGGAUGCCGAGAAGAGCCCAUGCGACCACGAGCUCUUUCAUGGACUGGCUAGUCGUUCACACCUCUCCCUGUGCGCUCCUACGCUAGAGGAGAUGGUCAGGAACGGCUUUCCUGAAGUUGCGAAGAU